CAGAAUUCAAGUGUGCCUCUGAUAUGAACAUUUUAGUCAAGCUGUGUGAAAUCAUUAGGCCAAGGUGAGUGUGAACUUUUUUUUCUGUGAAGCCAGUUUCUUAUUUUUAUUAUUGAAACUUGCUAGAAUGCACAAUCAUCUCAAGUGCUCUGCUCGCUAGACUUGGCAACAAAUUAUAACAUCAUCAUAGCCAGACUGUUUUAAAAGGCUUGUGCACCAGCUCCGACAUGGCAAUUGAAAGAUAGUGAAGCACAUGUGUCACAAGAUAAAUACAAAUGGCAACCAGAUAUGUAUUACAGAAGCGAUCUCGUUUAUCAUGUUAUGGAGUACUGCCUCUAAGAUGCAGGGGUCACUGCAGAUGAUCAUAUGCUUAUAGCUUGACGAAGCAACCAAAAAGGUACAAACACAGACAAAACACACACUGAUAUAUCCUUUGAUACUCUCAAGGUUUUGAUGAUGACACUAACAGCAAGCUAAUAACAUGAAACUGAUAUGUGUGAGCAUGCUAUCAAAGGUUGUUUAUGCGUACUAACAGUAUUUCAGGAUGUUAGCAUGAUUAUAGCUGUCAGCAAGCUUACAGGAAUAUUUACAAGCUAUCAGCAGGCUUACAGCGUGAACAGAGAAACAAUCGGAUAAAGAUCAAAGUCUAUUCUCAAGGAGAAUUAAUAGGAAACGACUUUGUAAGGAUUCUAAUAUUUGUAUAUAUCCUAUAUAAAUAUUAGAGCUCAGUUUUAUAAAGAGUUUCAUUCAAAAACGUUUUCCUAACAAAUAGGAGAUUUUAUUUCAAAUCGAUUUUAUCUUUAACAAACUCCUACUUUGUUUCAAACGGGUUUUAGUUUAAAUGUCUUACUGAGAUGAUUUCAAACGUAACUUAUCCUUUACUCAGUAAUCUUACUUCAUUCAAACGUUCAUCAUUCAAUUCAAAUUUAAACGUGAGGUUGUUACCAAGAUCGUUGGGAAAUUUGUUGGAUUAUGACCGUUGGUAUGAUGUAUAUAAAUUUGUGUGUGCUUUCAUUUUCGGUAGAGAACAAGGAGAACACACCAAGCUUUCUGAAAUACAACUCUAUACAUUGCUAAAUCUUUUAUUGAGCUCUAGUACUUAUAUUUGCAUAUAUAUCUAUAUUGAGAGUUCAUAGUUUCGGUUGUAUUACACUUAUUCAUUGUAUUGUUCAAGGUGUAAUGUUUUGUUGCUGUGUAUCCAGCUUGUGAAACAAGGGAACAAGGGAACUAGUUAGCUAGAAGAGUAUACUUGGGAAGUAUAGGUCUUGGUAGGCUUUUGGUUCGUGGUUCAGGGGUUUCAGCAGGCUGAUAACAGGAACAAGGGAGAAAGGGAGUUAUAUUAUUGAAUCUUGUAAUCGUUGAUAUUAUUGAUUAAUAAUAUAAUCUCUUACCAGUUGGUAGGGGACCAGGACGUAGACCAUUAGGGUUAGGGGUCGAACCUGGCUAAAAUUCUUGGUGUUGCUAGCAUACUGCUUUACAUUAUCUGCAUUGCAUUUAUCUUAUUAGCAGGCUAACAGUUUACUCUGAAAAUUAACAGCAGGCUGUCUUUGACAGAUUAAUUAUUCGGUAACUUAUAAAAAUCGGGUAUAUUAGCCAUAACACCUAUUCACCCCCCCUCUAGGUGUGUAAUUUCAAUUGGUAUCAGAGCUGUGUUUGUACUAAUACUUCUGUAACAGGAAUAGUAUCGAUCGAUAUGGCUGAUAACUUUCAGGGAAAGUCCGAUUUUAGAGCUCCUCUCCUCACGGGUUCUGACAACUACAAUUGGUGGAAAGGCCAAAUGGAGGCUCAUCUAUCCAGAGAUCCCCUAAUGCAAAGAGUUGUGCAAAGAGGUCCUUAUGAAUAUCUGGAUGGCAAUGGCAAAGUCAAGGACGUUGAUGUUCUCACAACGGAUGAGCUAUCAAAGGUUGCUGCCAAUGGAAAAGCAAGGAGUACAUUGAUCAAUGGGCUGAAUCAAGCUGAAUAUGACAAGGUCUCUUCUCUCAAAACAGCAAAGGAAAUUUGGGAUGCAUUGGAGACAUAUCAUGAAGGCUCAAAAGGUCUAAAGAAGGUCAAGCUCGGAAAGCUCAUGAAAGAAUUUGGAAGCUUCGCUAUCAAGAAGGGAGAAUCCAUUCGUGAAAGUCAAGCUAGAUUCCAAGUUACUCUUAACAGCCUUGAAAGACUUGGCAAAAAGAUUCCUCAAUCGGAAAUCAACAUGAAUAUUCUAAAUGCAGUUCCAUUUGAAUAUGGUGCCAAGGUCACAGCAUUGGAGUCAGCUCUCAAUAUUGAUACUAUGGAUCACCUGGCUAUAUUUGCUGAGUUGGAACAAUUUGAAGCUAAGAUUGAAGCUAACAGCUCAGAAAGCAGCAAGCUGCCAACAGAGAAAAUGAAGAAUCUUGCACUUCAUUCUACUGCCAGCAGGCUGGAAUCAGAUGAGGAAACAGAAUCAGAUGAGGAUCUAGCUCUUAUGUCCAGAAAAAUCAAGAGAAUGAUUGAAAAGAAGAAUAAGAUGAAAAGAGAAAAGGGCAAAGCUUUUGGUGCAAAGAAAGAUCCAAAAGAUGAUGCAUGUUUCGAAUGUGGCAAGAAAGGACAUUUCAAAAGGGAUUGCUACAAGCUGAAAAACAAGUCUAAGCCGUCUAAACAGCAAGCUGAUUACAAGAACAAGAAGAAAUCAAAGGCACUUCUCACAUGGAGUGAUGAUGAAGACGAAUCAGCUUCUGAUGUUUCAAGUGAUGAGAUGGUUAACUUGGCUCUUGUUGGUCUCGAUGGCUCAAUAGAGACAACCGAUUCAGAUUCAGAGACUAAUAGUGAGGUACAUUCUAUUAAUUCUGAAUUACAUUCUAUUGAUACAACAUCUUGUGAACUAACCAUGCAGGAUAAGAGUUGUUUAUCAAUUAUGGAACUCAUUGAUCUAAAGAAUGAGAACUAUGAGCUCGAGAAAGAAAAUGUUCAUUUGAAGAAAGUCAUAGGUGAUUUCUUGAAUGAAAAGAGUGCCAAGGCAAGCAGUGGAAUCAUUGCUACUCUCAAGGAACAAAUCUCACAACUUGAAGGGAACAACAUGCAAAUCCAAAGAAGGAAUGAUACACUCAUGAAGGAACUCAGCUCGCUGAGAGCAGAUCUUAAAUCUAAGGAUGCUAGCUUGGAGGCAUUCGAGUUAAGCAAAGCUCAAAGCUUAGCCGAAAUCUCUAUUCAAGCUGAAAAGAUCAGAUCAUUGGAGCAAGAAGUCAAAGAUCUUCAGAAAGCCAUGGGAAAGUUUGUUCAAGGAGAAGAAAGUCUCAAAUCUAUAAUGAAACAAGCUAAAGGUUCUCAUGACAAAGGAGGCAUUGGUGCAGCCUCUACAUCCACAUCAUCAAUGAGAUAUGAAGGGAAAAAUGGCAUUCCAUACAAUUAUGCCAUGCCUUGGGUGACUUGUCACAAGUGUGGAAAGAAGGGCCAUCUUGCUAAUAACUGUCCAAUGAAGAAUACUCAAUCAGCAAGCUGGAGAAGGAAGUCAGCUCACAGACAGUAUGCUGACAACACAAACAGACAGAAGACAGCUCCUAGACAGUAUGCUGACAAGACUGGCAGAACAUGGAAGAAGAAUUCUAAAGUGGUCCAAAUGUGGAUCAAGAAAUCUGAUCUAAAUGUUCUAUAUGUUUUAUCAUCUAACACUGCUGGACCCAACAAAAUUUGGGUACCAAAACGUUGA